AUAAAAAGAAAAAAAGGGGGGGGGAUUGUGAAAGGAUAUUAACAAGAUCUAGGUAGAUGAGAGACAUAACAAGGUCAAGAUUAGGGGGAUGGCGGGGUAUGGAUUUGAAAAGAACCUGGCCUUGGAGUGGGCGUGGUUGGGAGGUGAUCGGAUUUCCACCAAACUCUCCUGGCUGGAGCGCACAGUGACAGGCCAGUCCCAGCUCGCCUUCACUGUGCCUUCUCCUCCAAGCUGUGUUGGUCACAGCUCCGGCCAGGACUUACCCGCCCGUCUCACCGGCAGCAUGAAACCUGCGCUGCUUCUCCAGCUUCUGCUGUUGACUCGAUUAGCACCUCAGCUGGUGUCUGGGAGUCCCAAGCAACAUUUUACCAGGUAUAUCCUGGAACCUCCACCCUGCAAAUCGGUUCCUGAAAACUGUACUCAUUUCUGCACAUUGCAGGAAGAUUGCCAUGAAGGAUUUCAGUGCUGUUCUGCCUUCUGUGGCAUAAUCUGUACAUUGAACAAAAAGGGUAGACAAUGAAAGGUUCCAUACACAUUAGCUGCCAAUGAAGAUGAGCAUCGUGUCUCUGAUCUUUGAAAUAUCGUCGGCCACGGAACAAGGCAGAGCUGUGGAAAGAGCCCCAUCCCUGAAAGAUCAUGUGAUUAAAUCACAUGAUGAAAAUCAGCUAAUUUAACAAUGAUCUACUAAACCUCCAGCUACUGUAGAAGAUGCUGCUUCCCUCUGCAAGGCCCAGGUACAUGUUACCCACUUGGAAAGGUGUGGUCACCCAGUCCCAUGAUUCUACGUCCCCCGCAUCGCAUCCCCUCCAGGUGAACGUUUCCCAAGAUGAAUGCAUCACAAUUCCACGUCCUCCUCCUCUCAUCUGCGACACCCUUCUAACCGGGCUGAUCCCUGGUAAUCCCUGGCCCAGAGCUGGAAACAUAAUUCAGGAAGCUCUGCAGUCGCCUUUAUCACCACGAAUUGUCCAGAGGUGGUUCCAGAGGAGCCAGGCCUCUCGCCUUAAUGUUGGCCCAUUCAAACUGCAGCUGUCACCGUUUGAAUCAUCUGACCUUGAUCUGUCCAUUACCAGAGCACUGGUCACAGGAGUCUAUUUAAAUGUAAAUUUAUAUUAAUUACAAUUCUACAAAAUAAAAUAUGCCAU